GCGUCACACUCAGAUGUCUCUGUAACCUGAAAACACAAGUCGGUCGGGGUAUGACAAUUUUUUUGUUGCUUUAAUGACUCAACCGCAUUUCAGUAUCCAGUGAAACGCCCUUGUCGAUCACUGACUCUUCUUUUGUGUGCAUUAAUCCAAAAUUGAGGCAAAGCACGAAAGAGGAAAAGUAGAAAAACUGGAUGAAAGUGACUAAACUUCCCUGUAAUGAAAAUAACGUGGUAAUUAUAAGUGUGAUUAUACACUUUCCAUUUCAGCCGAGCAGGAACAUUGAUUUCUCUUUGAGUGGGUCCAUUAGCUGUGUACACAUCGUGUGGCCCCGGCUGAGCAAACUGGCGCAUAGCCAGCCACAGGUGUGCAAACAGUGGAAUCUCCAGUGCGUCCUGUCCCUGGCUAGGGGUGCACACGGUGACCCCAACAACCCCAUUACACUACCUGUCAAGGCAGGUUAAGAAGCAAUAAUUGGCAGCAUUAUGGAGUUUAGCCCGUGGACAUGACACGCCUUCAGCUCUGUGGCCCUAAACACACCAAAGCGCAGUUUCCGCCUGCGUUCCGCUCUCGCUGUGUUUCGGCAGCAGACCAAUUGUUGUCUGUUGAGGGGCGCGGUCUCGUGCAGGGGCAGGGCAGGCUAAGGUAGGGCAGGCCGAUGGGCAGGGCAGGGUCUGCUUCACUAUCACCAGAGAACACAUCACCUGCACCCGCGGACGCACGACUGCGUCAGAUGUUCCACAACACACUCAAACACACGGAGCUACAAUGAUGUCGCUUGACCCACUGCGAUCGGCUAUUUCCAGCGGAGCGGGGGCCAAUACGUCGCUGGCCGUCCCGUACGUCAACCAGUAUCGAUCGGGCCAGCAGCGGGUCCUGGAGCAAGUGCAGACCAUCAAGAGGACCAAGUCCAAGCAGUCGACUAGUCGGAAUGGGACAGCGACUUUAUCCCCUACUAGUCCCACCUAUGACAGCGUGUUUACAUAUUCUCAUAAGUCCCUUCCCAUCAACGUCAAUGGAAGUUCCACCGUUGGAAACGGCUUUUCCAAAAAGACGGUCGGCUCUGAGAAGAACGCCAACCGUCAGACCGUGCGGACGGCAAAGGGCUCGGUCGGCCAGUGGGCCGCCGUCCAGUCCAGCCACACCAUCAGCCGGGGCUCACACGCCAACGGCGGCGCCACCGUCUCCAUGGGAACGCUGGGCGGCGGCACCAUUGGCCGGAGCAACACCAGCCGCAGCGAGCCCGACCUUGGCCGCCGCUUCACCCGGCCCCGGCAGGCCGCGCCCCCGGGGCCCCAGCGCCUGCUGUCGAACCGCUCCAGCGUCUUCCUGUCGGAGCGCACCGUGACCUCGGGAGGGCAGCACGUCGCCAACUGCUUCCCGCCACCGCAGCCCAAAGCCCAGUACCAGGUCCUGUCCCAGUCCCAGUCCCAGUACCAGCCACUGCCCCAACGCCAGUACCAGUCACUGCCCCAGUCCCAGUACCAGUCCCAUGGCCAGUCCCAGUACCAGAGCAAAAGCCUGCCUUUCCACCAGGGGAUAGGCCUGACCCAGUACCAGACCCUCGGCCAGUCCCAGUACCAGGGCCAGAGCCAGAGCCAAGGCCAGUCCCAGUCCCAGUACCAGGCCAAUGGCCAGUCCCAGUACCAAGCCCCGGCCUUGCCCCAAAACCAGAGCUUCAUAAACGGCACCAGUAAGGGGAAACAGAGCAGCCAGUAUGUGGUGACCAACACCAGCCAGACCCAGCGCGGACCCUACCAGCCCGGACUGACCCAGUUUGAACAGUCGGUGGUGGACUCCGGCGUCAAGACCAAGGCGGUCUCUGGGUUCAAGGGGUUCGUUGAUCCUGGGGACCUGACCAUGAUUGAGGCUGUGGCCUGGCUCUCCAGCCCCGACCAGCAGCAGCAGCACUGUGGAGCCUCCUUCAUCCAGCACAACACCUUCCUGGAGGACAAGGCCAAGCAAGAGGUGUACCAGCUGGGCGGGAUUCCUCCGCUGGUGGCCCUCCUGCGCAGCCCCAACCCCCCAGUCGCCCAGACGGCGUCGGCGGCCCUCAGGAACCUGUCCUUCAAGGACACGGCCAACAAGGAGGAGCUGUUCCGCUGUGGGGGGGUGGAGGAGGUGGUGGCCCUGCUCCGGGAGUCCGACUCGGCGGACACGCACAAGCAGCUCACAGGCCUGCUGUGGAACAUGUCGUCCGUGGAGAACCUGCGACCGGACCUGCUGAAGUCCGCCCUGCCGGCUCUGAUGGAGAAGGUCAUUCUUCCGUACACGACCGGACCCAACCGGUCCAGCAACACGGACCCGGAGGUCUUCUACCACGCCACGGGCUGUCUGAGGAACUUCAGCAGUGGUAAGGUGAGCAUCAGGCAGAGCAUGAGGAAGUGCCGUGGGUUGGUGGACUCCCUGGUCAGCUACGUGGAGGAAUGCGUGGAGGCCCAGAGACCCGACGACAAGUCGGUGGAGAACUGUGCCUGCGUGCUCCACAACCUGACCUUCCAGCUGGAGGCGGAGGCGCCCGCCCUCUUCAGCCGCAUCUCCGCCCUGGGCCGGGCCAACAUCACCCCCGAGGGGGACACCGGCCCCAUCGGCUGCUUCAGCCCACAGAGCAGACAGGUCCUGGAAGCUGAGCGGCACUUCGACUACCCGACGGUGGAGGAGCAGAACCCCACGGGGGCGGGCUGGCUGAUCCACUCCCGGACCCUGCAGAGCUACCUGGACCUGCUGAGCUCCAGCCAGAAGGACGACACCCUGGAGGCCUGCUGCGGGGCCCUGCAGAACCUCACCGCCCACCCCGGCACCGUUUCCAACGUCAUCAGCCAGACGGUGGUGAAGAAGCUGAACGGUCUGGCUGUCAUCGCGCCACUGCUGAGGUCUCCCAAGAUCAACCUGCAGAGGAACACCGUGGCACUGGUGGCCAACCUGGCCAAGAACCCCAGCCUGGCCAACCCCAUCGCCCGUAAAACCCUGCCCGAGUUCUACGCCAUCCUGGAGGAGGGCACCGAGGGCACCGAGUCGGACGACACGCUGUCCAUGGCGUGCCAGACGGCCCACCUCCUCACCCUGAAGGAGCAGGAUAGUGGUCGGCCCCUGCUGAAGAACAACCUGAUCCACGCCCUGAACCACCUCAGCAAAGACAGUCAUUUCCCCAAGUCCAGCAAAGCGGCCUCCAUAAUGCUCUACAGCCUGUGGUCGGACAAAGACCUGCAGAGCUUCCUGAGGAAGAAAGGCAUGAGCAAGGGGUCCUUCGUGACCAAGGACACCAUCGCGGCCCACAGGUCCAUUCAGGUGGUGGACUAGACCAGGGGUGGACCAGACCCUAGACCCGCUCCUCCCAGCCUUGUGACCCCGUCACCCGGCUCCUCCAGCUACUCCACGCCUCAACGCUCACUCCUGUAUCGUCCAACUAACCCGAAACACUCCACGGCGUCCGCGUUGCACUUGUACAGAGAUGGUCGCUAUGAUACGCUCGCAUAAUCGAAUCAAUAACAAACACAAAUUGCAGGCUUAUUUACAUUCUGUUCAGUGUCGCUCAUGGCAGGUCAAGACAGAGGAAGCGCGUGUGUUUUUCUCACUGUCGCUUGCUUUGCAGUGACUCUCUCGGAGUACAGCUCGCUGCUGACUACGUCGGGAGUACGUAUUAAGUCCCACUAAAUCACCCGGCCAGACUGGAUGUGAGCCACUGCACUAACUGGCACGUUUAAAUCAUAUUCUUCUCUUGUGUAAAUAUGUUCGCCCGCCGUAUUUGUGUCACUGGAGUCUACUCCAAAGGGGAAGCAUAAGAUGACAAGUAUUGUUUCGUGCUUUUGUUUUUAACAAACUACGUACAGUUUUAGCUAUGGUUUUAGACGUCGUAAAUGUUGUUCUAAGCUUUGACCCUAUGAUAUCUUGUGACCGAAUUGUCUGUGUACAGCUAGCCUGUUCCGUCGGUUGUUAUGUUUAGAGAAUGGUCGGAUUAGUUUAGAGAGAUUUAGCAAUACUUGCACUGAAUAUGCAGUUUUUGUGAUGAAAUGUCUGUCUUUAAUUACUGCUGUUAACGCUGCAACCUUGUCAAAACUGGUUAUACUAAUAAAGAAUGUACUGCUAAAAAUAUA